CCGGCCGGGUCAGCGCCCAGCCCUGCGCGGAGCAGCGCCUCUGAGCCCCGUCCCGCUCCCUCCCCCUUCCCGCUGAUCCAGCCCCGCACCGGCCGCCUGCGCCUUCACAACUGCACCGAUUCAACAAGAUGGCGGGAUCAGUGGCGAAGAGGGACGCGCUGAAAAUAGAGGACGGGCAUUUAAACAACUCCUUGGGAUCGCCAGUGCAAGCAGAUGUGUAUUUUCCACGGCUGAUCGUCCCAUUUUGUGGACACAUCAAAGGAGGAAUGAGGCCAGGAAAGAAGAUCUUAGUUAUGGGCAUGGUGGAUCUCAAUCCCGAGAGCUUUGACAUCAGUCUGACAUGUGGGGAAUCAGAAGAUCCUCCUGCAGAUGUAGCCAUUGAACUGAAAGCUGUAUUUACAGACAAACAGUUCCUCAGAAACUCUUGUAUAUCUGGCGAAUGGGGCGAAGAACAGUCAUCAAUUCCUUACUUUCCAUUUAUUCCAGACCAGCCAUUUAGGGUUGAAAUACUUUGUGAGCACCCACGUUUUAGAGUAUUUGUGGAUGGACAUCAGCUUUUUGAUUUUUACCAUCGUAUUGAAACGCUGUCAGCAAUUGACACAAUAAAGAUAAAUGGAGAUCUUCGUCUUACUAAACUUGGCUGACCUAGUGAAAACUGUGGAUUCCAAACUGGCUCAGGUGCCAUCUUCUGCCUGGAAGAUCAGUGACAGCUGCGUUUGGACACAACUAUCAUAGGCAAGCAUCACUGUUUCUUUCCUGUGUGCAGUAAAGAAUAUGUUGAUGAAUUGAACGGAUAUUUAUCCUACUGAAGAAAGCUGUUGAUUUAUAGACACUGAGCCAUUUUUCUUCAGACUGACUAGCCCCUCCAUGCAGUAUAAUCAAAUUAGAAUGGAUUCAGAAAGAUUUACAGACUUGUCAUAAGUUGCAGCAGCUAUUAACCUUCUCAGAGAGAGGCAAUUUCUGAAACAAGUGCUAAAGCCAGCGAUUGAUCCACGAUUUAAAAAACAUUUUUUUUUUCAAAUAGUUUCUGCACUGAAGUGGAUUAGUGUAGCACAGCACAGGGCCAAAUGCUGACAUCCUUAUCCAGGGCCUGAUCCUGUCUCCAUUUAAAUGAAUGGCAAAACUCCCAUUGACUUCAGUGGGUCAUGACUCAUGAUCAAAAUUUCAGUUCUUCAGCUGAGCACAAUUCUCAUUGAUUUCUAUGAGUUUUGCCGAAGAAAGGGGCAGAUCCUCAGCUGAUGUUAAUCAGUAUAGUUCCAUUAACUUCAGUGGAAUUAGGCUGAUUUAUGCCAGUGGAAGAGUUGACUGUGCAAAAAUUGAGUAAGGGCUUCAGGAUUUGGCUUGUAUAUUUUAGUCAGGGUAUUUUGUAUAGAAUGUAGAUUGUUACAAGUUUUUGCACAAUGGAACGUUAAUACAGACUUUGACGCUUACUCGUAGUUUAUUUAUUUAUACUCAUCUCUGUAUGUAUUCUUAGUAAAAAUGAACGAUUUUAUUGACAGUUAAGAACAGCAAAGUAUACGUAUUUUGAAUGUACAAAUGUCUUAGAUUCUUUGGGUAAACUUGACAUAUCAUUAUUGAAGCACUACAGGUGUCUUGCUGAACGAUCGGUUACAUUCUAAUUGUGCCCUCUAGACCCAGAAAGGUAGGGGGUCUGCUCAUGUAUUCACAAUGGACUGUUUUUCAGGACUUUAUAACUUUGCUGUAAAUGUUAAGUCUGAGCUAAAGCGAUUUAAAAAAAAAUCUUAUAUAGAAGGUUUGUAGGUUUAAUUGUGCUUUUUGAAACUUAGUCUGCAGAAUUUAAUUCUGUUCUCAUCCGUUCAUAAUGGGCGCUAGCCUUUUGGGGGUAAGUGGGAAAUUCUCUGCUCGCAUCGAAGGGCAGAAUUUGGUCUUUGGUAUUAAAAUUGAAAAUAGUGUGUGGACAGCCAAGUUAUUAGCACUUGAAAAUCAGCUACUGCACAUGAAUAACUUUUCCAAAGCUUUUAAAAUAAUAAAUAUAGCUCUCUAAACACUGUAGCUGCUCUACACUACGAAUGAACACGGUAACUUUUCAUAGUUUCUUUAGGACUUCAUACACUUUUCCUUGGAUGUACACAAUGGACUACAACAAGUCUUUUUGAGAUGUUCUAGUCAGUAACAUAAACAUUUAUUUAGACAAUUUAUAAAAAUGUAUUAUAGGGACUUUUUAAGACAUGUAUUUUGAAGCCUUUUUUUGUAGUACAACAUUUAAAAAAAAAAAAAAAAAGGAAGAAUAAUCUCUGAACUAUGUUAAAUUUAU